GUUUAGGUAGACCCUUUGAUUGAUUAGCCAAUUUUGAGAUUUUGAUUGUUUUUUAAUAACUUAUUUUAAUUAGUUGAAUAUAUUAUCAAUUGCAUUGUUUGAUAUUGAGAUAAAGUAAUUCAUUCGUUUAUUCAGUUGAGUAUAUACCUACGUCAAGAUGGAGAAUAUUGCUCAAAUUUUAGAAGCAGCAUUAUUAAACCCAGAUGCUAAUAAGAGAACUGAAGCUGAACGUCAAUUAAAUGAAGCCGCUAGUAAUCAUUUUGUUGAAUACUUGGGAUGUUUGGUUGAAGCUUUAGCUAACCGUAACAAUAAGGUUGAGGUUCGAAUGUUGGCCGGUUUAGGUUUAAAGAAUCAAUUGACUUCUAAAAAUUCAAGAACUCGUUCAGAACAACAAAUACGUUGGAUUAAUUUAGAUGUCAGUACUAAAAGCAAGAUAAAACAAACAACAAUUGAUGCUUUAUUAAGUGACGAUGAUGGAAUCUCAAAUGCUAUUUCUCAAUUGGUUGCUACCAUUGCAAUUAUUGAAUUACCAAGAAAUGAAUGGCCAGAAUUAAUUCCAAUCAUUGUGGAAAAUACUAAAGUGGAAAAACCUCUCAAUAUCAAAAGAACUUGUUUACUUACCAUUGGAUAUAUAUGUGAAAGUAGUGAUCCAAACAAUCCAGAAAUUUUGGCUCAAUCAAAUGGUAUAUUAGUUUCAAUUGUUCAAGGGGCUCAAUCAGAUGAACCAUCUACUAAAAUUAGAUUAACCGCUUUAAACGCGUUGGCCAAUUCUUUAGAAUUCAUUAAAUUGAACUUUGAACAUGAUGGUGAAAGAAAUUAUAUCAUGCAGGUUGUUUGCGAAGCUACCCAAGCUGAUGAUAAUGAAUUACAAGCGGCUGCAUUUGGUUGCUUAGCUAAAAUUAUGCAGAUUUAUUAUAGAUUUAUGCAAAUCUAUAUGGAAAAAGCAUUAUAUGGUUUAACCUUAAGUGGUAUGCAAAGUCCUGAUGAAAAAGUUGCUUGUAUGGCCAUUGAAUUUUGGUCAACUGUUUGUGAAGAAGAAUUUGAUAUUGCAAGUCAACGUCAUGAAUUACAAAGUCGUGGUUUAGGUCAACUGAAUGACUUAAUGUCCUUUAAUUUUUGUAUUAUUGCUACAAGUGAUGUUUUACCAACUUUACUUAAUUUAUUAACCAAACAAAACGAAGAUCCAGAAGAUGAUGAUUGGUCAGUGGCAAUGGCCGCUGGGGCUUGUUUACAGCUUUUUGCUCAAUCAGCAGGAUUUUAUGUUGUUGAACCAACUUUACAAUUUGUUGCCGCUAAUAUUGUUAAUAAUGAAGAUUGGAGAUACCGUGAAGCUGCUGUUAUGGCUUUUGGUUCCAUUUUGGAAGGUAUUGAACCGGAUCAAGCUAAAACUUUUAUUAAUGAAGCAUUAGGACCAAUCUUACCAUUAAUCAAAGAUGAAACAUUACAAGUCAAAGAAACCGUUGCUUGGUGUUUGGGUAGAAUUGUUGAAAAUUUGAUUGAAAUUCGUGAUAUUGAAGGCCAUUUUAAUGCACUUUUAGAAAGUUUAGUUACUGGUUUAUCUGAUCAUCCAAAAGUUUCAACCAAUUGUUGCUGGUCAUUUAUUAAUUUAUUAGAACAUUUUUGUGUUGAUGCUCCAGAUUCUGAAACCAGUAUCUUAUCACCAUAUUACGAAGGUAUUGUCCCAAUUUUGGUUGGAUUAACCAAUAAAACCGAUAAUGAAUAUAGUUCAAG